AUGAAGGCGACACUUUUAAUAGCACUGUUUGCAACUGGCUGGUUCCAACUGAUUUUAGUUUGUUUGGCAAACAGUGCUAACGAUGAUUUUCUUGAAAUAACAGCACCCGCAGGAACCUUUAGGGGAACUGCCAUCCUAUCACUUCAAGGCUACAUAUACACAGCGUUUUUAGGAAUCCCCUAUGCCUUGCCACCUGUUGGCGCCUUACGCUUUGCCAAGCCAGUCGCGUAUCCAAGAAUGGAACAUGUAUAUGAUGCCACCCAGUUUCCACCCAUCUGUAUCCAGCCAGUUGGGAUUGACCUUGGCCAACCUUCUCAAGAAGAUUGUCUGUACUUGAAUAUUUAUGUUCCUGCCAGGGAAAACAAG